GCUGGUAUGUGGUGGCUCAAUCUCUACCAAUACCAAGCCUCUGUUUCUCUCCCACAGGUGGCCGGGGAAGGUGCUACUCAUUCUAGAUGAGUAUGAUGCAUACAUCAUUGUGUCUUUCGUGAACGCCACGCUGGUACUGUCUAUUGGUGAGACCGUAGAGGAAGUAACAGAUUCUGGAUUUCUGGGUACCACGCCCACACUGUCCUGCUCCUUGCUUGGUGAGGAUGCACUGGUGCAGGUAUAUCCUGAUGGGAUCCGUCAUAUCCGUGCUGAUAAGAGAGUCAAUGAGUGGAAGACCCCUGGUAAAAAGACGAUUGUGAAAUGUGCUGUGAAUCAGCGCCAGGUGGUGAUUGCUCUGACAGGCGGGGAACUGGUCUACUUUGAGAUGGAUCCGUCUGGACAACUGAAUGAGUAUACUGAGCGGAAAGAGAUGUCAACUGAUGUGGUUUGCAUGAGUUUAGCAAACGUACCCCCAGGGGAGCAGCGUUCUCGAUUUCUGGCUGUUGGGCUCGUAGACAACACUGUCAGAAUCAUUUCUCUCGACCCUUCAGACUGCCUGCAGCCUCUCAGUAUGCAAGCUCUUCCUGCACAGCCUGAAUCUCUUUGUAUAGUUGAGAUGGGGGGUGCAGAGAAACAGGAUGAACUGGGAGAGAAAGGUUCCAUUGGCUUUUUGUACUUAAACAUUGGUCUACAGAACGGAGUAUUAUUAAGGACAGUAUUGGACCCAGUCACUGGAGACUUGUCUGACACAAGGACCCGGUAUCUCGGAUCGCGACCUGUCAAGCUUUUCAGGGUUAGGAUGCAGGGGCAAGAAGCGGUUUUGGCCAUGUCAAGCAGGUCAUGGCUGAGCUACUCGUACCAAUCUCGUUUCCACCUGACACCUCUCUCCUACGAAACUCUGGAGUAUGCGUCUGGCUUUGCCUCUGAGCAGUGUCCUGAGGGUAUUGUGGCAAUCUCCACCAACACGCUGAGAAUCUUAGCUCUUGAGAAGCUAGGAGCUGUAUUCAAUCAGGUUUCCUUCCCUCUGCAGUAUACCCCAAGGAAGUUUGUUAUUCACCCAGAAAGCAACAACAUUAUCGCCAUUGAGACCGAUCACAAUGCCUAUACAGAGGCCACCAAAGCCCAGCGCAAACAGCAAAUGGCUGAGGAAAUGGUGGAAGCAGCUGGAGAGGACGAGCGAGAAUUGGCAGCAGAGAUGGCAGCUGCCUUCUUGAACGAAAACUUGCCUGAAUCCAUUUUUGGAUCCCCAAAGGCAGGGAGUGGACAAUGGGCAUCUGUUGUUCGAGUAAUGAACCCCAUCCAAGGCAAUGUGUAUGAUCAGAUCCAGUUGGAACAAAACGAAGCAGCAUUCAGUAUUGCUGUUUGUAAGUUUGGAAAUGGUGGUGAUGAUUGGUACGUGCUGGUUGGCGUUGGCAAGGACCUAAUCCUCAAUCCUCGUUCGGUUGGCGGUGGAUAUAUUUACACCUACAAACUUAUAAACAGCGGAGAGAAGCUAGAAUUCGUGCACAAGACAUCCAUUGAAGAUGUUCCAACAGCCAUUGCCCCUUUUCAGGGCCGUGUUCUGGUUGGAUUGGGGAAACUCCUGCGCAUCUAUGACCUGGGGAAAAAGAAGCUGCUGAGGAAAUGUGAAAAUAAGCACAUUCCAAAUUUCAUAGUGGCAAUCCACACCAUUGGGCACAGAGUCAUCGUCUCAGACGUACAGGAGAGCUUCUUCUGGAUUCGUUAUAAACGCAAUGAGAACCAGCUGAUCAUUUUUGCUGAUGACACAUUACCCCGCUGGAUCACCACAGCUUGUCUGCUGGACUAUGAAACAAUGGCUGGUGCUGAUAAAUUUGGCAAUAUCAGUGUGGUGAGACUGCCUCCAAACACAAGUGAUGACGUUGAUGAGGAUCCCACUGGGAACAAAGCUUUAUGGGAUAGAGGUCUACUUAAUGGAGCUUCUCAGAAGGCUGAGAUCAUUGUUAAUUAUCAUGUGGGAGAAUCAGUCCUUUCAUUACAGAAGACCACAUUAAUCCCUGGUGGUUCAGAAUCACUUGUGUACACAACCUUGUCUGGAGGUAUUGGGAUCCUAGUUCCGUUCACAUCACAUGAGGACCAUGAUUUUUUCCAGCACCUGGAGAUGCACAUGAGAUCGGAACACCCUCCGCUGUGUGGUCGUGACCACCUUAGUUUUCGCUGUUACUACUUCCCAGUGAAGGUAGGUGCUCUUGCUGUUAGUACUCACUUUGGUUUGAAGAAGGGCACAACUGUUUCAUUCUGCAGCAACUUUACCAGUAAAAGUUUUAGAACUUUUAAAGUAACACUGUGCCUGCUGUGUAGCAGUAAAGCGUCAGAUUCAGCUCUUAAUUAAGCCAGUGGCCAGGGU